AGUUAUAGUUUAUUUGUUACGUUGUGUGAAGUGUGUGAUAUCUGGGUGUUAAAUGUCACCUGUUGACGAGUCACCUUCACCCCGUGAUGAGGAGACUGGGAUUGUCCCGCCAGAUGAAGAAGGAGGUAACACCACGCAACAUGAUGAAGAACUAGGAAAUAUUGUUCCUCCUGUUGAAGAACCGGUUUCAACUGAGCCGCCGGUGAGAGAGUUAGAGAAUGGUGAGACUAAACCAAGGGACCGACAAGUAAGGAUAAACGUUCCUGACGAGAAUAUCCAAUGGAUCGCAUGGACAUUCCCACCAGGACCCGAGAGUUGGAUGAGUUAUCAGUUGGGAGUAAAACAACACUUGGGAGUCUUGGAGGGAGAAAAAGGAAAGUUAAACACUUUAACCUGACUGAUCUGAAUCGGUACGGAACUAUCGAGUCUAGCUACUUGUGUGAGAGCAAUCGCGAGGAAAGGAUAGAGAAAACUGAUCUGUACGUCAAGCGAGUCAAAGACAUUCACUUUAUCACUCAGUCUGAGGUGGACUCUAUGAAGAAAGCGCUAAGGAUUCAGAUAACUGAAGAUUACGAGGGAGUCCCAGAGAUGAUUGGCAAGAUAAAAAUCAAAGUUUGUAACACGUACGUUGCUGAUAGGAAGGGUCUCGCUGGGCCAUCGGGCGAUCAACUGUGCUUUUGUGGGAAACCAAAGGAAGAUGAGAAACACCAGGCAUUUUCAGAGUCUAAAGAGUGGACAAGUUCGAGACAUACCAAAGAUGUAAAGACAAAUACUUGGGGUAAGGUGGCCCUGGCUGGGUGCCAAGCUAACUUUGUGAGGUUAUGUGAAGACACGAGUAUGAAGAGAAUAGAGGAGUUGUUGAUGAAUGUUUACAAGAUGAAGAAACCUGGUGUUAUCGUCUCUGUUUUAGGCAGCACAUCUGAGCUGGAGAUGUCAGAUAAACUGGAGGAUGAGAUAGAGAGGUGUCUGCCUAAAGCUGCUGCUGCCUGUGAUGCCUGGAUGUUUACACCUGGAGUAAACGGAGGCUGCGGGAAACUCGUGGGUAAUGGAAUCAGGACUUACGGUUUGUCGCUCUACACCGUCGGGAUUGUAGCCUGGUCCUCUUUAAACGAUAGAGCCCGAAAGAGAUUGACUGAUCAGACCAACGAACUCGGAAAUACCAUCCCAUACCCCACAAAUGUAGGGGAAACUGAUGUUAGACAUUUGGAACAAAACCAUACCACUUUCUUGAUGGUGGACAAUGGACGAGACGAUGUCUCUAGCUGCAUCAAAGCUGCCACAGAUUUAAGAAUAAAGUUUGAGAAUCAUAUGAAGAAAAGUGCGGAUGUUCCGGUGAUUAGUGUCCUGAACAGAGGAGGACUAAAGUCUGUGUUUGUGGUAACUCAGAGGCUAUGUGAUGACGAUACCGUGAUAGUACUGGCUAAAAGUGCUGGAUUAGCAAGCUUUAUUCAAAAGUUGAAGGAGCACUGCAUCUGGGUCAACAAGAAAUUGGAAUCUUCUGACAAGCUACAAGAAAAGACAAAGAGAGCCAAAGAACCGUGCAAGUGUAUUGAAAGUGGAGGGGUGUUUAAAGCCGACCUAAGAGCCUGUAUCCACAUCACCAGAAAGAUGGCUAAACAUCUUUCCAUGGAAGGAGUGUCACAGCAAAUUUGGGAUAUGAUGUAUGACUUCGCUGAAGUGUGUGUACAGCGGCUGUCACAAAUAUUCAUUUACGAUCAAAGAUCAAAGACCGAGUUCGAUCAAUUGCUUCUUGAUGCGAUGGUCGAAAAUGACUCCGGGGUGGGAAAGAAAUUAGAAUACGCUUUUGAACUAGGAACAGUUGAAGUUGUUGAAAGCAUGCUGAACGACUCAGCUGAACGACUGCGAUCAAAGACUUUAACCAACCUAAUCAUGAAAGCAAUCAUCAUGAACCGCCCAAAGAUGGUCAAACUUUUCCUGAACACCUGUCAAAAGUCUCAGCUCCUGCAGCUGAAGUUCAACAUGCCGGUGCUGUACGACAGUGCUCUCUAUUCCUACGGGGGAGGUCACUUAGUACGACUCAUCACAUACUGGGUCAGUGAUAGUAUAAUUCCGGGCGCUACAAGUCUUGGAAUAUAUCGUUACGACGAAACUGAAAGUAUUGAUGAGGGGGUUUGUGAGGAGACAGAUGAGCGCUCUUUUGGGGCCAUGUGGAACCCUCAAGCUAUCAGACUCAUUGAUAACCUGAUAAACGAAUUAGCAGGAGACUCCUUUAAUUCUUCUGUUGGUUGCGAAGAGGACCCCUUCAUGGAGCUCACUUUAUGGUCUGUCAUGAUGUUAAGGAGGGAGAUGGCGCUGAUGUUCUGCAAAAGAUCUGAGGAGCCUAUCAGAUGUGCUUUAUUGUGUCUGAAGCUACUGUCACAGAUGGAAAAGAGGAACAAUGUGUUGGUUAACACGGAAGAGGAUGAGAAGGUCUCGGAGAUGAAGGAAGCGUUUGAGAGUCUGGCUAUUUGUACUUUGGAAGCAUGCUAUGCUGAGAACCCUGAAAUGACUUUUGCAGCUGCGCGUUCUCGGUGGACUCGAGUCAAGAACUACGAUUAUCUGGAACUUGCGUUUGAGGCGGAGUCAAAACGAUUUAUCGCGCAUCCAGCUUGUCAGGAUAUCUCAGAGAGAAGAUGGAGAGUAGGAUUUGUGAAAGACGAAGGUUUCUGGAAAGUUCUUCUCAUAUGUCUUUUCCCACCUCUUAUCCUAAUUCCUGGUCUCAUUGAAUUCGAUGUGUUUGCAAAUCGUCAUCAAGAUGGACAUGAACGAGCGUGGUGGGACAAAAUUUUUGUUCGGUUCAAGAUAGUCGGAAAAUCGCCCAUGAUAAAGUUUUGGAUGAGUGCAGUUUUCUCCUUGGUGUUUCUAAUACUUCACCUCCGAGUGCUGUACUUGGAUACGAAACCUGUCUUGAAUCCUGAAGUAGACACUGUCAGUUGGCCCUUCAUCAUCCUCGUUUUCGUUUGGUUCUGUCUGUUGGUCAUUGACGAGAUUAUACAGGUAUUUACCGAGAAACUAUUUUAUUGGUGGAAGAACGUUUGGAACAGGCUCGAUAUGGUGAACUACCUCAUAUUCUUUGUUGGUUUGAUUCUAUGUAUGGCGUACAUUUGCACCGAUGAUGGAGGAAAUUGUUCUCUUUCGUACAAAGCAGACGGAGCUCUCUACUGCCGGGAUCCUGCGAAGGCUGUGUGUAAAGAUUCCGACGCUGUGAAAGUUCAUGCGGGUAGGAUUUUAUUGAGUAUUGUGACGGUCACAAUGUCCUUGAGAUGGAGCGUGUUCAUAACCAGUGAUCUUACCCUCGGUCCUAUUGUGCUCAUGCUCUUCGAGAUGGCCACAACGUUCGUGAACUUCUUCAUGAUAUUCACUGUGGUUCUUCUUGGUUUUGGAGCUGCGUAUAUCGGCUUGCUUGUAGAGGUUGGAACUUUUAGCAUGAAGAGAAACGUUAUCGGCAUGGUCUAUUACACUUACUUCCAGAGCCUGGGAGAGUUGUUCCUUGAAAACCUGGAGAGUCCCGGAGCUUACUAUCUGACCAACAAUCCGAACGUGACUGAAUCUUGGUACCUAGAUAGUGAUGUUAACGGAGCCUACUACUAUGUCGCUCUCUUCCUACUCUUCAUGUUCAUGAUUAUUAGUAAUCUGAUGUUGCUUAACAUUCUUAUUGCUAUGUUCACGGAGAGUUACGAGAAGAUUAGUUCUAACCAGAAAACCAUCUGGAAAUUCCAAAGGUACAGUUUGUUGAAAGACUACGAGGGCAAAUACCUGCCGGUUCCGCUUAACGUUAUUCACUAUCCAUUGUCAUUCACAAGAUGGAUAUGGAAAAAGUUUAACCCUAAGAAUAAAUAUAUCAACCCUCUAAGGAAGAGUAUAGACAAACAUUUAAGAGCGUUCGUUAAAGAAGGUCUGCAAACAUUCUUAAGGCUGUAUGGGGAGCGACAGGAGGAAGACUCUAACUCUUUAAAGUUUGCCAAAUAUGCUCAAGGACUCUAGCUCUCGUUUAUGGUUUAGUUGUAAUUUAUCAUGGUAUAUUUUAAAAGGCGCGCCUUAUAUAUAUAUUUACUAUAUCUCCGCAUAUACAAUAUACUAUAUCUCCGCAUCAACCACAUCCAAUCAUGAAUCAUGUUUGUAUUUCAUAUUUAUAUAUUUUAAGUUCAUACAUUUUGCGAAUGAAUUAAUGAUUUUAAGCUGUACAAAUAUCAAAUAUCGAUGGAUCGAAUUUUACGUUAGGUGGCUGGCUCACUCAAAAUUGAAAAUGAAUCAGAGAUAGAUUUAUGUUUUUAUGUUUGUGAAUAUUUUGAUUCACGUACUUACAUCUUUAAUGAUGGCUAGAAUAUUUUAUAUUAGGUGACUGGCGCACUCAAAUGAAUAAGAUUAAGAGAUAGGUUUGCAUUUUCGUCUUUUGAUAUGUUCAAUGUUAGUGAAUAUUAUUAAAGUGACGUAUUGACACCUCGACUAAAUAGCUUUUUAAAUCGAAUAAGUACACGUUUUCUGGACAUUUGAUAAAAUUUGUAAUGUGUAAUGAAAAACUUAGAUGAUUU